AUGAGUCGUUAUUGUCAAUUAGUUAUCGGUCCGGCCGGCAGUGGCAAGUCUACGUAUUGUGAUGCGAUUCAAAAAUAUGGCCAGGCAGUCGGAAGGACAAUUGAUGUCGUCAACUUGGACCCGGCUGCAGAAUAUUUCAGUUACGACGCUCUAGCUGACAUUAAAGAUUUAAUCAGCAUUGAUGAUGUGAUGGAAUGUGAUGACUUGAAGUUGGGACCAAAUGGAGGAUUGAUGUUCUGCAUGGAACAUUUGUCAGAGAACUUCCACUGGCUUAGGGAUUCCUUAGGCGAGGUCGAAGAUGAUUACAUACUGUUCGAUUGUCCAGGUCAGAUAGAGUUGUACACACACAGCCCGGUGAUGAAAUUGCUUGUUGAGGAGCUGAAGAAUUGGAACUUCAGAGUUUGCAGUGUUUUCUUACUCGAUUCUCAGUUUUUAGUGGACCCUUUCAAAUAUGUUUCGGGCAUGAUGUGUGCACUCUCUGCCAUGGUUAACUUGGAGGUUGCCUCAGUGAAUGUUUUGUCAAAAAUUGAUUUACUUGACAAGAAGUCUAAAAAGGAAAUUGAGUCAUUCCUAAGUUCAAGUGCCAAAGAUUUUUUACUGAACAGUUCUAAAGAUUCAAUAGCAGGAAAAAAAUUUCAAAAACUCACUUCUACCAUUGCAUCAGUGGUAGAUAACUUCAGUCUUGUCCAGUAUGUCCCUUUGAAUAUAAAAGAAGAGAAAAGCAUUGAUGACCUGCUAAUUUUUAUCGAUAACUCCAUACAAUAUGGUGAAGAUAUCGAACAUAAAGAGAAUAGGGCUGAAGAUUUUGAAGGGGAUGAAAUGAACAGAUCUCUCGGAUGA